AUGGCGGGGACAGGGGGACAGCACUGGCUGGCGGGGGCGUACCCCGAGUUCGCAGUCCCCUACUUCAUCUAUGAUGUCUACGCCAUGUUCCUCUGUCACUGGCACCGGGGACGGGUGAAGGGACACGAAGUGGCACCUCCCCCGUCCCUGAGGGCGGCCGCUGGCACCUACCUGCGCAAGGACCUCCUGAUGGUGCUCCACCAUGCCGCCAUGGUGCUCGUCUGCUUCCCCGUGGCCGCUCUGUGGCGCCAGGGAAAGGGCGACUUCUUCUUGGGGUGUCUCCUGAUGGCUGAGCUCAGCACCCCCUUCGUCUGCCUCGGCAAGGUCCUCAUCCUGUACAGACUGGAUCCUCUGGCCUCCUCCCAGUACAGAGUGGGCCAUUCCCAGUAUAAACUGGAUCCCCUGAUCCCUUUCCAGUACAGACUGGAUCUCUCCAACCCCUCCCAUUACAGACUGGGCACCGUCCCACAGAGACCCCUAACUGCCCCUCUACACCCCUAA